GAUUUGUUCCAUGAAACUUCUUUCAGACGCCAAAGGGCGAACUGGAGAAUGGCAACCCUGAUUGAUGCCUGCUUCGGCAUAGCAUUUCACCUGAAAGCAUCAGUUCCAAGCGGACGUGUAGUGGUGAUCCCAACAGAGGCCGAACAUCUAACUUCCCCCGCAAAAUCACUAACUCCGUUUCAUUUAUUCAGAAGAAAAUCGCACUUUCUCUUCUUCUCUCUAUUUUUACUUUUAUCUUCUUCUUUUUUUGUGCUAUUAAGGUCGUUCCACUUUUUAUCGCUUUUUCUGAAAAAGCUGAGAGAAAAAGUCAACUUCUUUUAAAAUUUUCUGUUUACCGAAAAGGAACAUUUUCUUUCAAAGGCGAUGGAAGUAAUAAAAAUUAAGUGCUUAUUACUUUUAAUUGUGUGUGCACUAUCGCAGGAGGUUUAUCAUACGGAAAAUGAAGAUAGUAUUUUUGAAGAUACAGAAAUACCAGUCCCUUAUAAAGCAGUGUCAGGUGGCCUAAUGUCUCUUCCAUGUGAUAUAACUUCCAAUAUGCUUGAUGAUGAAGUGUACUUAGUUCUGUGGUAUAAAGAUGAAAUAGCAACACCAAUUUACAGUAUUGAUGCGAGAAGAGGAAAACUUGGACAAGCAAGGCAUGCAUCCAGUGAAGAACUAACAGGCAGAUCAUCAUUCAGUUCGAAAGAGCAUCCAGCUGUUUUGCAAGUAGAAAGAAUUUCUUUGGAUGAUGAGGGUAUCUAUCGUUGUAGAGUUGAUUUUAAAAAAGCGCGGACGAGGCAUUCAGCUUUACUUGUCACUGUUGUUGUGCCUCCUGGUAAUCCCAUCAUUAAGGAUAUGAACGGUGAAAUACUUAGUGGCAUUGUUGGACCUUACAAUGAAGGAGAGGGUCUGCAUCUUAUCUGUGAAACAGAAGGAGGCAAGCCCUCUCCAUCUCUAUUGUGGUACAAAGGUCGCAAUGUGAUCGAUGACACUUACGAGAUUAUGUCACCUCUCGUCAUACGGAAUGAACUUGUUCUACCCACACUCGAGAGGCGUGAUCUGAUGGCUACUUUUACAUGUCAAGCAGUCAACAACGAUAUAUCGCCACCUGUUCAGAGCUCCGUUAGUCUCGACAUGAAUUUCAAACCAGUAACAGUUACCAUAAAAGGAAAAAGAAAACGUCUUUCGGCUGGUAAAAGUGUCCAAUUUGAAUGUGAAGCACAGGGAUCCAGGCCACCAGCGGUGAUUACAUGGCGUAAAGGGAGUACACGUCUAAAAAGUUCUGUUGACAAAAUGGUAUCUCAAGGGAACAUUACCACCAGUAUAUUGACCAUGACGCCCUCUAGCGAGGACAAUGGCAAAUUCAUUUCCUGCCAAGCAGAUAAUGUCCGCAUACCGGGGAGUGCUAUUGAAGACAGCUGGAAACUAGAAGUGCACUAUGUUCCUCAACUUAAUCUCAGACUCGGAAGCAAGCUCCGUCAUUCAAAUAUUCUAGAAGGAAAUGAUGUUUAUUUCGAAUGUAAUAUCAGAGCAAAUCCAUGGGUUUCAGAAACUGGAUGGCGAUUUGAAGGCCGUGAAUUGGUCACAAAUAUUUCAGCUGGAGUUAUUGUGAGCAACCAAUCUCUGGUACUUCAAAAAGUUCACCGAACCAACAGGGGGAGAUAUAGCUGCACUGCCACAAACAGCGAAGGAAUGGGAGAAAGCAAUCAUGUAUAUUUAAGAGUGCAAUACUCACCAGUAUGUAAAAAGGACCAGGAGACAACAUAUGGAGCUAUGCUGCACUAUCCAGUUCAAAUACCUUGCGAAGUAGAAGCUGAUCCAGACGAUGUAGCUUUCAAAUGGGAAUUCAACAGUUCCACUGGAAAUUUAGAGCUUGUACCUACUUAUACUUCUGGAACGAAGAGUUUGGUUAACUACAUUCCUCGAUCAGAGAGUGAUUUUGGUACUCUUCAGUGUUGGGGUCGCAACAGUGUCGGACAGCAGCGGGUGCCAUGUCUCUUCUUUGUUAUUCCAGCAGAGCCACCACAACCAGUUCAUAACUGCUCACUGACCGAAGAAACUGAGAAUUCUUUUCGUAUUAUAUGUAUGGAAGGCAAAGAUGGUGGCUUAAGCCAGCACUUCUUUAUGGAAAUCCGCGAUAUCGCUAGUAAUGUUCUCCAACAAAAUGUCUCGGCCCAAACUGCUGAGUUCAUUGCCCGAGGACUUCUUCCGGGAUCAAUUUACACAGUUUCAAUUUUUGCUACCAAUGCUCGGGGUAGAAGUAAGCCGAACAUCAUACAAGCAACUACAGCUGCCUCACCUGAAAGUCAAACAAGACAAGAUGACCCUUGGCAAAUAGGUUUAAGUCCAGUCAUUAUUACAAUUUUGUGUGGUGCUGUUGUUGGUCUAAUACUAGUGAUACUUUUAAUUGUGAUUGUAAUGAAGUUGCACAUUGUUAGAAUGAAAAGAAAAGAUGCAUCUUCAUCAUCAGGCAACGAAAAGUCGAUUCCUAGCUCCGAGAAGUCUGGAGAUAACUGUUCGGAAGGAUGCAACUAUUCUGGAAGAGAAGAAGAGAAGAUAAGGGAGAAUAUCCCAGAUGUUGUUGUAUUCAGUGAAAAGAUGAAACCAGGAGAAGAAGAAUCCUAUACAACGUAUACAACAGCAGACACAAACCACUGGAGCCGAAUAUCACCUCCAGCAACAGAAGAAUACCUAACAUCUCAAAUAAAAAUGAAGCUUCCAAGUGGGAAAAGUCCAUGGUCACAGGGUAAUCCAGACUGGCCUCCCCACACUGUAGAAGCAGUGUCUCUUCAAUUUCACAGAUCCGCUGAUGACAGUGGAAGUCGCGAAGAUCCACGCCAAAGUUUGCCAAUGCACACAUUACCCACCAUCGAGGAGAGUCCGACAAUUAGUGCAACGACUUCUCCACCUUCUGUGAUAACGAAGCAACCUGUGAUUGCGUCUGCCAGACAAACGGAUGUUUGAUACAACACUAUUUCGAGCUCACAGGGAGAAUAUUUUUCACCAGACGAGUCUACAGUACAGUGUUCAAAUAAGGAUAGUGUUUCUCCGUUCAUGAAAACAUCAUUUCUGUGAAAUACGUGUUCUUCAGAGAACAAAUCAAUGAUAAAAACUCCAUAAGCAGCAUACGUAUCUUUAAUAAUGGACUAAACAUUUUAGCCGUAUUCUGCUGAUAAUACUUAUUAACAAAGGACUGAGCUUAUGCCAAAAAUUAAUCUGUACAUACAUAUUAUUUAUCAACGAAAACUAAUGCAUGAUGUUUAAAGAUCUACUACUGUACUUCAUCAAAGUGUGAAUCACACUUUCUUUAAGAAAUAUAUAUUUUUAAUUAUACAUAUAAUCAUUAUUAAAAGACAGAUUGACUAAUUCAUGGUUUCUUUGUUUUAAAUUAUAAUGUUUAAAAGCUAUUUUUUAUAUGUUUAGUGUGAGCUCAUUUUUAAUCCUUAAAUUUUUCCCUUAAAUGUCUCUUGCUUUUAUUGGUAGAUACAUCUCUGGUAAAUUUCUCAUAAAUAAUCAAUAUUAUUCUUUGAAUGAAACAAGAUAAAUUAAUUAAAACUGCUUAAAAAUAAAAUAUGAGAAUGAUAUGCAUUAUUUCUCUUCUGUUUCGGAAAAUAUUUAAUCUAUCUGUUUCAUUUCAUUAUCAUUAUCAUUAUUAUGAUUGCAAUUGAAAUCAUUCUCAAAUUCAUAAAAGUUAAGACUGGAAAUGAAAAUUCUACGAACUAUUUAAGACAGCAAAACCUAGUAUUGAAUUUAAUCAUGAAAGAUAUAGUUUACAGUAUUUAGUAAAAUAAUAUUUUUUGUGGGGGCUGAGAUAUUUUGACAGCCAUUAAAACUUCACGUCCAUUCACAUGCCUAUAAUUUGGACGAUGAACUCAUUAGCAAUUUAAUACACUUAUAAACUUGUUUUAGAAAAGGGCAAUUGUUUUAGAAAAUUUUGUUAAAUAAUCAAUUUCACCUAAAUGGAAAAAUGCAGAAUUUAGUUUCUUACUUUGUAUCGAUUUGUAUUUUUAAUGUAUGCUAAUUUCAUAUUCAACCUUCUCGCAUUCUUAAAGCAAUGUUUCUCUUAAAUAAAAACAUUUUCAACUUAAUGUCUCAACUAAAAACUUUAUAAAAAUUUAAAUUCCAUUAAGAGGAGAAGUUUUUGCCAGAAAUUGUUUAAUAUUAUGUUCAUUACAAAACAUGUAGAAUAACUAGACUUAUGGUAAUAUUGUUUUAAAUUUUGGCAGAAGCUUCAAAUUAACCAAACUAUUUAAUAUUUUUAAAGCUUUCAGACAAAUAAAUAUAUCGAAGCUGAAGUAUUUAGAAAACAACUUCUAAUUUAAAUCCUUAAUACCUUUCUAUUUAAGCAUUUACCGUUAUAUUUACAAACAAUUUAAGAUACAAAUUUUCUUAAAUAAAAAUCAGUUUUUCCGAUAAAGUUUAACAGGAAAGUCCCACGUGGUCAGAAAAUUAAAAAAAAAAUUUGCUCCGGGGCUCAAUGCCUUGAAACUUAUAGAAAACAGUCAGUUUCAAUGCAAAGAAUGAACUCGUAAUCUCUCAAUAUGAGGAUAAUCCUUAUUUUUAUCCGACACAUUUUGAUACAUAACCAUGAAUUCAAAAUACAAAUAUUUAAAAAAAAUUAUCUUAUAUCUUAAAUAGAGAAAUUAUUUUUUUUUCUCAUUUAUAUUUAUUUCACUACUAUUUAGAUUUUUAAACAAGCCGUUGUAUACUUGUAAUUUAUUGUUUUGUUUCUAUUUGCAUUUGAAGAUUUUAAUACUGUGUGUAUGAUGUGUGAUUUAUAAUAACAAAAUAAGUUAUGUAUAUUUAAAAAAUUGCAAAUAUAAUGAUGAAACACAUUUGGUUUGCCAUUUGUAUGGAUGUAUAAGUGUAUAUAAAUGCUUUUGUUACUAAAAAAAGGAAAUUUGUUGAUGUGAAUCACCAAAAUGCUGGGCAUUUGCUGAUUACGUAUUGUAUAUACAUUUGUAUUACUAUGUUUUGUAUAAAAAUAAAUAUAAGAAUACGACCACAUUUGUAGAUAAAUAA